CAGUGGAGCGUGUAGAGAGAGAGAGGGGUGUUUGGACGAUCGAGCGGAGGAGGAAGGAGGGAUGACGGACGUCCACAUCUUUUCACAUUUCUCUCCUUCAUCAGGUCGUCCGUGUCGGUCCGUGUGUCUUCCAGCCAUCCGUCAUGCGUGUGCUGGUCGUUAGGUUGUUGUGGCAGCUAACGAGCUUAACGAGCAGCGUGUGUUGAUGAAUUAUUCAUGGUCGGGGCCUUUAUGUAACGCUGCAGAGCUCCAGGGAUGUUUGUGUCGGUGUGGUACGCCAAGAAGAUGGGCCGCAGAUUCAUCAACAACGUGAGGAGAGCCAAGAGGCAGCGGCAGAGGAUGAUGAUGAACGGAUCCGAGGGAGAGCUGGAGUACGAAGAGAUCACUCUGGAGAGGGGAAACUCUGGUCUGGGCUUCAGCAUUGCAGGAGGAACUGAUAAUCCUCAUAUUGGAGACGACCCGUCCAUCUUCAUCACCAAGAUCAUCCCUGGAGGAGCCGCUGCUCAGGAUGGACGCCUCAGGGUGAACGACAGCAUCGUUUUCGUUAAUGACGUUGAUGUCCGUGAGGUCACUCACUCCAUCGCCGUGGAGGCGCUGAAGGAGGCGGGGCCUGUGGUCAGGCUUUACGUCCUGAGGCGACGCCCACCGAGUGAACGUAUCACACAGAUCAAACUAAUGAAGGGACCUAAAGGUCUGGGUUUUAGUAUAGCUGGUGGUGUGGGAAACCAACAUGUUCCUGGAGACAACAGCAUCUACGUCACCAAGAUCAUCGAGGGUGGAGCGGCGCACCGCGACGGACGACUGCAGAUCGGAGAUAAAAUCCUGGCGGUCAACCACGUCUCUCUGGAGGACGUCCUGCACGAAGACGCCGUGGCAGCCCUGAAGAACACCGGGGAGGUGGUCUACCUGAAGGUGGCCACACCCACCUCGCAGUACAUCCACUCUGUGGACCGAUACAGCCCCCCCGACCUGACCAGCUCCUACAUGGAACCGGACUACAUGUGUGAUUACCCACAAGCCCUGCCUCCUCCGUCUCCACGGCGAUACUCUCCCAUCCCCCGCGGCAUGCUGGGAGAGGACGACUACUCCAGGGAGCCUCGGAGGGUCUGCGUCCAGAGAGGGACCACCGGCCUGGGCUUCAACAUCGUAGGAGGAGAGGAUGGAGAAGGCAUCUUCAUCUCCUUCAUCCUGGCUGGAGGACCAGCAGACCUGAGCGGGGAGCUCCGCAAGGGGGACCAGAUCCUCAGUGUGAACGGUGUGGACCUCAGGUAUGCUACUCAUGAACAGGCAGCAGCAGCUCUGAAAAACGCUGGACAGACGGUGACUAUAGUGGCUCAGUACAGACCUGAGGAGUACAGCCGUUUUGAAGCUAAGAUCCAUGACCUGAGGGAGCAGAUGAUGAACAGCUCUUCUGGAAGUCUGAGGACCAACCGUACCUUCUACAUCAGGGCUCUGUUCGACUACGAUAAGCAGUGGGACUGUGGCGUCCUAUCACAGGCUCUGGACUUUAACUUUGGGGAGGUUCUUCACGUGAUUGACAGCUCUGAUGACGAAUGGUGGCAGGCGAGACGAGUCAACCAGCAGGGGGAGCUGGAGGAGCUGGGAUACAUCCCCUCUAAACACAGAGUGGAGAGGAAGGAGUGGUCUCGGAUGAAGAAUAAAGGUAGAGAAGGAUUCGUCCACAGCUACGAGCUCGUCACUCAGAUCGAAGUGGACUACGCUCGUCCCGUCAUCAUCCUGGGUCCGACCAAAGACCGAGUCAACGACGACCUGCUGUCAGAGUUCCCCGAUAAGUUCGGCUCCUGUGUUCCUCAUACGACCCGCCCCCGCAGGGACUACGAGGUGGACGGGCGGGACUACCACUUUGUGUCGUCACGGGAACAGAUGGAGCGGGACAUCCAGUCACAUCGCUUCAUCGAGGCGGGACAGUACAACAACCACCUGUAUGGGACGUCAGUGCAGAGCGUUCGGCAGGUGGCUGAGCAGGGGAAACACUGCAUCCUGGACGUGUCGGCCAACGCUGUCAGGAGGCUGCAGGCGGCGCUGCUGCAUCCAGUCGCCAUCUUCAUCAGACCUCGAUCUCUGGAGAACAUCCUGGACCUGAACAAGCGUCUGUCGGAAGACCAGGCCAGGAAAGCUCUGGAUCGAGCCAUCAAACUGGAGCAGGACUUCCUGGAGUGUUUCACAGCCAUCGUCCACGGCGACAGCUUCGAGGAGGUGUACCACCAGGUGAAAGGUGUCAUCGAGGAACAGAGCGGUCCCUACAUCUGGGUCCCUGCCCGCGACAGACUCUGAUUGGCCCCUGCCAGCCCUGGACGCCAUCUCCAUUAAAACCGCCAUCCCUCCAGCGGGGCCUGACAGAGCGGCGUCCAUCUUUUUAUCCUUUUCUUUCUUUCUACGGGACAAUAAAGAUUAAGCUCAGCGAUUGGAUGGGCUCUGUUGCCAUGGUGACCAGGAGAAGAGGACAGACCUGUCAUCUGAUUGGCUGCGUGUUGGUUCAAUAAUCAUGUAUUAUCAGUAAAUAACCAAUCAGAGACUGUAGAGUUCAGUUGGUAUUCAAGUAUUUAUAUUAUCCUAUUUAUUUAUUGAUUAUCUAUUUAUUUAUUUAUUGAUUUAUUUCUGUGAUGUGAAAAUGGUGUGUGUGUGUGUGUGUGUGUGUGUGUGUGUGUGUGUGUGUGUGUGUAUGUGUAGUGUACAUAAAGACUUGUGUGACUGUAAAUACAACGAUGGGGCUCAAACACACAGUCUAUUCAGGGCUUAAAGUAUCAACCACUGGACUACAACUCCCACAAUCCUCCACUGCUUGAAUAUCCCAAACCUCCCUCUGUCUGGACUACAACUCCCACAAUCCUCCACUGCUUGAAUAUCCCAAACCUCCCUUUCUCUGGACUACAACUCCCACAAUGCUCCUGAUUUGAACUACAAAACUCUAAUUUGCCAUCAUCUGUUUUGACUACAGCACCCACAAUCCUCCUUGGUCAGGACUACAACAGACUUCAUGCUGGACUACAUGACCCACAAUCCCCCUCUGCACAAAACCACUCACAGCUGGGAUGAAAAUCUAAAUUCCCCUCAUGGUGACUAAACUCUCACUGUCUAUGGCUCCUCUAGUGGGACUACAACUCCCUGAACCCCUCAGUGCCAGGACGAAUAUGGACUACAACACCCACAACCCUCCUCUGUUGCAGUUUGGACUGUGUUCAGCGCUGCCAUCUUUCUGGUUGCUUAGCAACAACAUGGAGGUAAAACAAACUGAAGCACUUCCAUUUUGAAGCAAAAAGCUCUGGACUACAUUACCCAAAGUUUCUAGCAGCUGACAAGGACGACAUAACCCACAAAUACCUACAGCACAGAAGGACUAUAGUACCCACAAUCCCCCUGACCUCCCAGUCCUCAUCGGAGUCUGGGUCUGGACUACAGUACCCAUGAUCCUUGGCUCCUAGCAACAGGUUGGAGAUCAACAUUACCUGAAUAAAUAAACCUCUGAGGGCGGAGCUAAAGCUUCAGCUGGUAACACACCUGUACAUCGUGGGCGGAGCCUCCUGUGACCCCAGGACUCUGUUACCCAGAGUGCCGUAGGUGCAGCUGCUGGUCCAAUGGGCUCCUCAGACUGACAUCAGGUUGUGUGAAUAUGCUAAUGAUGAUGAUGAUGUAAUCCUAAGUGAUGAUGUGAUGUCAUCUCACAGGUCACCUGACGUGUUUUGUUUGAGCACCAACACUUUCUGUUGAUGAUCCUGUGAUUCAGACGCUGCUGGUCUGAAGAGCAGCUUGUUGUAAAAUGAAAUAAUUAGUUCUAAAUACGGAAAUAUUGAAAUAAAUUGCUUAUAAAAGCUGAA